AGCAUAAUCGCCAGCUCGCUCUGACUUCGGUCGUCCAUUCUUUCAAACAAACCACUUGCAAACAAAGCUUUACGCUUUCUCACACUCUUUCUUUCACCAACAAACCAACUUCGUUCUUCAAGAACCACCAAAAAAAAGACAAUCAAGAUGCGUUUCACCGUCGCCGCUGCUGUCCUGGCCACCUCGGUCCUCGCCCAGGAGCCCGUCUCCACCGACUACACCACCGAGUUGGUCACCAUCACUGCCUGCCCUGAGACCGUCACCAACUGCCCGGCCCGCCAGCAGACUACCUCCGUGGCCACCAACUACAUCCCCCUGACCACCUCUACCGUCUACGCUACCUCCAUCCACACCAUCACCUCGUGUGGUCCUGAGGUCACCAACUGCCCGGCUCACAGCACUGUCCUGUCCACCGAGACCAUUGCUGUUUCCACCACCAUCUGCCCGGUCACCGCCUCUGCCACCCCCACUGUUGUCCCUACCUCCCAGGUCUGGUCCAACAGCACCGGUGUUGUCUACCCUACCGGCCCUGCUGGUGGCGCUAGCUCUGCUCCCGUCUCCGUCCCGGUCUACACUCCUCCCGCCGCCUCUUCUCCCGUCUACACUCCUCCUGCUGGCUCUUCCCCCGCUGUCACCAGCGGCUAUGCUGCCCCUACCGGCGGUGCCCCUGGCUACCCCAUUAGCUCUGCUGCUCCCGUCUGCCCCAGCAGCUCCGUCAUUGCUGUGACCAAGAGCUACACCACCGUCCUCACCUCUGUUGAGUACCAGACCGUUGCCGUCCCUUGCCCUACCGGCCCUGCUGGUGGCAACCCCGGCCCCUCCGGCACCGGUGCUGUUCCUCCUCAGCCCACCGGCCCUGCUGGCAACGGAACCACUGGUGUUCCCCCUCCCGUCAGCGGCGCUGCCUCUUUCGCUGGCUCUGCCGUCUUCGCCGCCGUUGCCGGUGUCGCUGCUCUGAUCCUCGCUUAAACGUUUCCUUUAAGUCAUUUUUGAAUUAAAGGCCUGCGGGACAUGGCAAACACACACGACAGGCGCCCCUGAGAUCUGGUUGGACAUGUACAGAAGUUGAACUAGAACUUAUUUUUCAAUAAUACUAGAGUUUACGGCAAUCGGGAUUAUACCCCUUGGAGUGUGUACUUAAUAUUCUAAUUGCACGGGCGUUCGCGGGGACGAUCCCGUCAGACAACCGACUGCGGGUCUUGUCCUGGAUGUCUUUUUUGAACGAAGCAUUUUUUGGUCACGAACUGAGAUAUCAACUUUUAACGACUGUGCUUUUUCUUAGCCUUUUCAAAAUUACUCUUGUUACUCUUUUAC